CGGCGUGGCGCCUCCAGGCGGUGGAAUGCGGAACUGGAGGAAUCUGUAACGUGUGCCAUAGUCUCUGCGUGCAUUGUCUUCGCAAACAGUCAGUGGUGCGCCUUCAUGCCGAUGAGAGCGUCUCCGGCACCACUCCCGUGUUCACGUACAUUUGGCGCCGAGCGUGAGCAAAAUGGAAGUUAAAUGGCUGGCAAACGGAGUUGUUUAGUGCGCCUCACGGGGACCGGAAUGUCCCAGAAAAGGGACGUGAACUCUUACCCAGAUGGGUACCGGGUCCUCAAUAGCAGUGAACUACGGGAGCUCGUACAAGAUGAAGAAAAAAUGAAUCAGAUCGUUCGACUCAGUGAAGAGUUCCAGGAGCUCCAGCUGGACAGGGAUUCCUUGUUAGUAACCAAUCGGAGUCUUGCAGAAGAGAGCCUUUCACAACGCCCUCACCUUCAAAACGGCAAGCUGCAGUUGGCUGCAAAGUACAAGGAACUGGCAAAACUGACCACUGCCUGCAGGGAAAAGCAAAGCCGACUUGAGGCCUUCACGGAGAAGCACAGCCCUCAGACUGCCCACAAUUUGCUCCAGGAGGAGGUUGCACGUGCCGAGGAACGGUCUGAGGAGUUGCUGGAGAAGUUCAUGGAGGGCCACGUGCCCCUGGAGGAAUUCCUUGAUUCUUUUCAAAGCCACAGGAAGACGUACCAUAUCCGCCGCGCUCAAGCCGAGAAGCUCCAGGAGCUCAACAGACCCGACAGGAAAGCGAAGAAACAGGAGGAGGAGCUGAAGAGGGAGGAGGAACAUAAGGAAUCCCGGCCAAACGGCAUCAGCGCACACGGCCCUCCUCGUGUCUUCCAGCUCCGAUACGGUCUGACCCCGGCCAUCCUGCUUCCGCUUUCCUCUUCCUCCGCUUCGGUCCUACCUCCUCUGGACUCACGCUCAGGCCAGCUGCAGGUUUCAGGGCCUUGCGCCCGGCACUCGUGCCCCAGGCAGCCCGUCGGACUGAGAGUAAUAGGACAGUUACCCGGGUGGCCGGUGAGACCGGUCCGACUGCAGCAGCUGUACAGGCCCAGUCCCCAUCAGCCCGAGCCUCCGUGUCGAUAACAUGAAAGCCAAGUUACGCAGAGACCACGUGAAGCCUU